UAAAGAAUAAUUGAAUCUAAAAUGUCUUGUAUUGUUAACCAUUUCAACAUCAACCAACUUCAUGUGCAUACCCGGUAUAUUUACGAGGGCGAGUGGUGGUGUUUUCUGAAGGAUCUUGAGUCUUUGCAAGAAUUACAAUUUCAGAAGUUAACCGCGUCUGGUUUUGGCGCUAAGAGGAGCUUCGUUGCGUUUGAAGAUUAUUUUUGAAUAAGAACCACAAAUGACGGACCGCGGUGACAAUGCGGAAUCGUUUGAUGACGCCGUCGAGGAGCGCGUUAUCAACGAGGAAUACAAAAUAUGGAAGAAAAACACUCCUUUUCUCUACGAUUUGGUGAUGACCCACGCCCUGGAAUGGCCAUCGCUCACGGCUCAAUGGCUUCCUGAUGUCACAAAGCAAGAGGGCAAGGACUACUCAGUUCACCGACUGAUCCUUGGUACUCACACAUCCGACGAGCAGAAUCACCUUCUCAUCGCCAGCGUCCAACUACCAAAUGAAGACGCACAAUUUGAUGCGUCGCACUAUGACAACGAAAAAGGAGAGUUUGGAGGCUUUGGAUCGGUUUCCGGUAAAAUCGAGAUAGAAAUCAAGAUAAAUCACGAGGGGGAGGUGAAUCGAGCUCGUUACAUGCCACAAAAUGCUUGCGUAAUUGCCACCAAGACACCCUCGAGUGAUGUGCUUGUUUUCGAUUAUACAAAGCAUCCAAGCAAACCAGAGCCUAGUGGGGAGUGUCAUCCGGACUUGCGUUUACGCGGACAUCAGAAAGAAGGAUAUGGCCUUUCAUGGAACCCGAAUUUGAAUGGCUAUUUACUCUCUGCCAGUGACGAUCAUACUAUCUGCUUAUGGGACAUAAACGCUACUCCAAAGGAACACAGAGUUAUUGAUGCGAAGAAUAUAUUUACUGGACAUACAGCCGUAGUGGAAGAUGUCGCGUGGCAUCUUCUCCACGAGUCUUUGUUCGGCUCGGUGGCGGACGACCAGAAGCUCAUGAUUUGGGAUACUCGAUGCAACAACACAACGAAACCAUCGCACACAGUCGACGCUCACACAGCUGAAGUCAAUUGUUUGAGCUUUAAUCCGUACUCGGAAUACAUUCUGGCCACUGGCUCUGCAGAUAAAACUGUGGCGCUCUGGGAUCUACGGAACUUGAAGCUGAAACUACAUUCAUUCGAGUCACAUAAAGACGAAAUCUUCCAGGUACAAUGGUCUCCCCAUAACGAAACAAUAUUGGCAUCGUCCGGAACUGACCGUCGUCUUCAUGUGUGGGAUCUAUCGAAAAUCGGUGAAGAGCAAAGUGCUGAAGACGCAGAAGAUGGACCACCAGAGUUGCUGUUUAUCCAUGGCGGACACACCGCCAAAAUUUCGGACUUCUCGUGGAAUCCCAAUGAGCCGUGGGUUAUUUGUUCCGUGUCAGAGGAUAAUAUCAUGCAAGUGUGGCAAAUGGCGGAGAAUAUCUACAAUGAUGAAGAGCCUGACAUGCCGGCAACCGAAGUGGAAGCGGGGACCGCUUAAUUUUAUGCGGGAUAUAUACAAUUAAUUUAAGUUAUUUUGAAACAUGUUUUUUUAAUGUAUUCCAUUUUAUGUAUGAUUUGAUGCAGAAGAUCGAGGCAUUGAAUAAAUUCAACAAAAAAAAGGUCA